UAUAACUCCAUCCGUCCUCGCCUCCCCUCGAAGCCGAGGGAGAUCAUGACGCUCCACCACCGCCAAUUGGCACUCGUCUCCCACCUACAACCUCGUCUCCUCCUCGAGGCACCGGGUGAUGACGCCGGCGACGCCCCUAGCCCCUGGCCCUCUGCCCGGCCUUCCUCCUUCGCUGUCCCGCUCCGUCCUGGCAUCGCUAUCAUCGUCGGAGUCCUUACUAUCAUCUUUUGCCUUACCUUCCUCCUCCUCCUCUACGCCCGGCAUUGCAAGCACAGCACCGCCUCCUAUGGCUGGGGCCGCAGCGCCACCGGGGGGCCCCUGACCUCCGCAUCUGAGAGGCGGCAUUCCGGGGUGGAUCACGCGGUGGUGGAGUCGCUCCCAGUCUUCCGGUUCGGAUCGCUGCAGGGGCAGAAGGAGGGCCUGGAGUGCGCGGUGUGCUUGAGCCGGUUCGAGCCCGCAGAGGUGCUCCGUUUGCUGCCCAAGUGCCGCCACAGCUUCCACGUCGAGUGCGUCGACACAUGGCUCGACGCCCACUCCACCUGCCCGCUCUGCCGCGUCCGCGUGGACCCAGAGGACGUCCUCCUAUUUCCUCUACAGGAACCGGAGCCGCACGGCGGCGGGGAGAAAGCCGAGGUCAAGGGGCGCGGUGAUGCGACCGCCACGGCCGUGCCGAACCCAUUCGAGCGCAGGAUCUCCAGGCGGCACUCCUCGGCCGGGGAGAGGACGAGCGAGCCGCUCGAGAUCGUGGUGCACCCAGCCGAACCGAGACGGAGGCGCUCGGUGGAUUGCCCCGGCUGCGCCACCGCCGCCCAUGCCCCGACGGUUCGGAAGGACGCGCUCCUCCUGGCGGAGGCCGCGGAGGACAGCGAGGCAUUAGAGCGGCGGCACAGCCAUCGCAUCGUGGUUUUGGACGCCGACGUGCGCGUGGACCGAUGGAGCGACCUCCGACCGACGGAAAUGCUUUUCCUGCGGAGGGAGAUGAUCAUCACGGAGAGCGGACGGUUCUCAGCGUCCAAGGCGGUUCGCGCCCUGUCGUCUCCUGCCGCCGUUGUCGACGAGGAGUUAGACGCCUCCAGAAGCGCGUCGGGGAUCGCGGGGGUGGGCCGGGUGCCCAGCUGCGGGGCGACCGGCGGGGCGAGGCGGUUGGCGGAGGAGGAGCGGACGCUGAGACGGUGGCUGGGCUUCGCGGCCAUGCGGACGGCGGUGCGGUGGCUGUGGAAGCGGGAGAGCGGGAACCGCCUCGAAACCUAAAUCAACGAUGGCACUCUUGGAUAUACCCUUAUUUACGGACGGAUGCCACGGACAUUCCCGUUAAGUGGGUGGCCCGCGAAGCACCAGAUAGAGAGUGGGGCGCAGAGAUGCGGUGUCACGUGAGCCAUGGGUGGCGACGAGGUCAUUGUAACUCGAGUCACGGGACUCGCAUGUAUGCUGGGUGGAGUACGGGAGCGUCUCGAGUCCUCGUGAUGGCGGACGGGGCGUUUCGGACGGCGGUGAUACGUCGCUCGGAGGGAACGAGAUCGGACGGCCAAGGAUAUGGCUACGUGGGGUUUUGUCCACCUUGCUGUGGUAGUUAGAUGUGAGGGGGUGGUGGAACAACA